AUGUCGACAGGAACAUCAACACCUUCUAGUUCAAAGACACCCAUUUCGACAAGCGAUACGGAUAUAGAGCAGCUUCUCUCUCGGGAAGCAUCUGCCUUCCAGCGUGAGCUUGAGGUCGAGCGGAUUCUCAAGGCGUUCAAGCUCAACCCAUAUGAUAUUCUCGACAUAGACGAGUCUUCAAAGCCCGAAGGAAUAAAGCGCAGAUACCGGCAGCUGUCUCUCUUCAUCCAUCCUGACAAGACCCCCCACGCUCGUGCUCCAGAUGCAUUCGACCUUCUCAAGAAGGCUGAAUCCGAGCUAUCCGACACUGCCAAACGCGAAGCUCUCGACGCCACAAUUGCAGAGGCGCGCCUACAGCUCCUCCGCAGUCACGGUUUCUCUACGAGCACGCAGGACGAUGAUCCGAAACUUCGAGGACUAGUCCCGCCAUUUAAGGCGCAGUUGCGAGCAAAGGUGAAGGACUUGUUAAUUGAGGAAGAGGUUAGACGCAGGAAAGCGAUCAAGAUGAACCUUGCGAAUGAGGGACUGGAAGCUCGGAAAAAGGAGGAAGAAGUUGCUACAAGAAAACGUAAAGCGGAGGACGAUAAAACAUGGGAAGAGUCCCGUGAAACCCGUGUUGAUUCAUGGCGGUCAUUCAACAAUACCGCAAAGAAGAAGAAAAAGACGAAGGUUCAGAUCCUCGGAUGA